GCGAAGUUUAUAUAAAUCCCCAAACCGAGUUUCACUCUCACUCACUCACCGUUCUCUCCAUUUUCAGACCUCAAAGCUUUACAACGAGACCUCAACAAUGGCGAUGGCUUUCAAAAUGGCAACCACAGGAAUGUGGGUAAGCGACGAGUGUAAGAAUUCAUUCAUGGAGAUGAAAUGGAAGAAAGUGCAUAGGUAUAUCGUGUUUAAGAUCGAUGAAGGAUCGAGAUUAGUCACCGUCGAUAAAGUAGGCGGUCCUGCCGAAAGCUACGAUGAUCUCACCGCUUCAUUACCAAACGAUGACUGUCGAUACGCGGUCUUCGAUUUCGAUUUCGUUACUGUUGAUAAUUGCCGUAAGAGCAAGAUCUUCUUCAUCGCUUGGUCACCGACGGAAUCGAGAAUAAGAGCGAAAAUUUUGUAUGCAACUUCAAAGGAUGGAUUGAGGAGAGUACUUGAAGGAAUUCAUUAUGAAGUUCAAGCAACUGAUCCAACGGAGAUGGGGAUCGAUGUGAUCAAGGACAGAGCAAAAUGAACAAAUAAUUAGAAGAAAAAAAGAAAUACUAAUCUCUUUAGGUAUCUUUUACUUCGAAUUUUUAAUAAUGAAAUGACUAUCUGCUUUUUUUUUUUUUUUUCUUUUUUGUUCUUGGUUUGUUCAUCAUUUUUUUUUUUUUUGUUUGGGGGACUAAUGUAAGUAAAAGAAAAAGGAGGAAAAGGGAAAUUAAAGCCACUUUUCUUUUUAUGUAUUAUUAUUGGGUUUAAUUUGGAAAAGAAAAGGAGAAAAGGAGAGCUGCUGAUAAUUUAUGAGUAUGAUAUGUUAGUGUGUAAUUUAAAUCUUAUAGUUGUAAUUCAAAUGUUAUAUUAUUGUUGUUGUUUUUAAUUA